AUGGCUUCAAGCAGAUGGCUCUUGUUGUUAUUCAUCUUUGAGACUCUGAUGGCGUCGCAUCAUGGCAUCAGACAAUGUUUAAGAGGCGUCUCAAUGAAUGUGAUCCUCCUGGACGACGAGGAGUCUCCCUGGAGCUUGAAGUUUGUCCGAGGACAAAUACUGAAGGCCCUGGAGUCCGAGUCCGUGCAAGAAAACGACAUUCAAUUCAAUCUGACGGUGAAAUUUGGUGGCUUCAACACAACCUACUAUCGACGAAGGGGCUGCCACAGUACUGCGUGUGAAGGAGUGGCCGAGUUAAAAAAUCUUAUUCAUUCACAUAGCCUGGGCUGCGCCGUGCUAGGCCCCACGUGCACGUAUGCCACUUUCCCCUUGGUCGAUGCUGAGAAGGGACUAAAAUUAAGCACACCCAUCAUCUCAGCCGGCAGCUUUGGACCCUCCUGUGACGACACGCUCAACCUGCAGCGUCUCCUGCCACCCGCGCGCAAAAUCUCUGACUUUUUUGUCCACUUCUGGAACCAAAAUAACACCAUCAAGCCGGUGUGGGAGACAGCAUAUGUGUACAAGAUUCAGCCUAGCACGGAGGAAUGCUCUUGGUAUAUAAAUGCACUGGAAGCAGCCACACACAUGUUUGCUCAGAAGGUAAAAAGAACAAUGCUGCGCAAACCAGAAGACCUCAAAGAAGUCCUGUCGUCUCACAGGAACAGGGCAAGCAACUUGUUCAUCAUGUGCGGCUCAGUGAAGGAUGUUGUGGAGGUGAAGAAUCUUACAGCAGAAGCGGAUAGCAGUGAGAUUCUCUUCAUCCUUAUCGAUCUCUUCAAUGAUCAAUACUACAUCAACACGACGUCUCAUCCGUCCAUGAAGAAUGUGUUGGUACUCACCAUGCCCAACACCAGGAACUACACCAUCAAUUCAGACCCGGAAAGCAACAACACAAUGAAUGACUACAUGGCUGCGUACCACGACUCAGUGUUGCUGGUCAGUCGGGCGAUGAGGGAAAUACUUGCGAAACCUCACUCAGGGGCUCAUCAGAUCCCACAUGUUACAAUGAAUUACCUUAGGAACAUCUCAUUUAAUGGCAUCGCAGGGAACUAUCGGCUCGACAAGCAUGGUGAUAGAGAUGUGAAUCUUUCUAUCAUUUACACAACUAAUGAGAACGAGUAUCACAUCUUAUUCGAGUUUGACACGGAGUACAGCUUGACCACGCUGAUUGAGGACCACCCCUCCUUUGUCUGGGGGGCAAGACUUCCGAAUUUCAGGCCGGAUGAAGAGGAGGCGUCACUCGACAUCGUCGUCAUCAUCUUGGCUGUGAUGGUGGUGGUGGCGGCCAUCAUCGCUUUCAUCUUCUACAGACAGAACAGGAGAGAUCGUCUCCUGAGGAAACAGUGGUCCAUCUCCCAUAUCCCCUCUGACCUUGUCACCCUGCUGGAGGAAAACUCGCUCAACCAAGUCUAUCUGAAGAUUGAAGAGAGGAAAAAGGUUUAUAAAAUCCGCCGCGCACUCUAUGAUAAGAAGAUUGUCAUCCUGAAGGAGCUCAAUCACUCUGAUGGAAACUUCAAUGAGACACAGAAAGUGGAACUUCACGCGCUCCUGCAAAUUGACUACUACAACCUCACUAAAUUCUACGGCACAGUGAAGUUCGAUCAGGGUGUGUUUGGGGUGUUUGAGUAUGGUGAACGGGGAUCGCUUCGGUAUGUACUGAACGACAAGGUGUCCUAUCCAGAGGAGACGUUCAUGGACUGGGAGUUCAAGAUCUCCGUCAUGUAUGACAUUGCCAAGGGCAUGUCCUACCUCCAUGCCAGUGACAUCCAGGUGCAUGGACGCCUCAAGUCCACCAACUGCGUGAUGGACAACCGCAUGGUGGUGAAGAUCACAGAUUUUGGCUGCAACUCUUUUCUCAAGCCUGGCAGAGACCUUUGGACGGCACCCGAGCACUUAAGGAAAGAGGGCACCUCACAGAAGGGAGACAUAUACAGUUUCGCCAUCAUUGCUCAUGAGAUCGUUCUCAGGAAAUCGACCUUCUACACUGAAUGCUGCUCCAACCGUGCAGAAAAGUUAUCCAGGGUCAUCAUGUCCUACUUCAGACCUGAUCUGGACUUGUACACAGCUUCAGAUAAAGAACUUGAGGUAUACAUGUUGAUAAAAAGUUGUUGGGAGGAGGAUGCUGAUAAAAGACCAGAUUUCAAGAAGGUGGAAAGCUGUUUGGGCAAAAUCAUCAGUAAAAUUCACAACAAAGACAAUGAGAGCUACAUGGAUAACAUGAUACGUCGGCUGCAGAUGUAUUCCAAAAACCUGGAGCAUUUGGUGGGGGAGAGAACGGCACUUUAUAACAUGGAGAGGGACAGAGCGGACCGCCUCAACUUCAUGCUUCUGCCACGGCCUGUGGUGAAGAGCCUGAAGGAGUCGGGUGUAGUGGAGCCCGAACUGUACGACAAGGUCACCAUUUACUUCAGCGACAUUGUGGGCUUCACCACGCUGUGCCAAUACAGCACGCCCAUGGAGGUGGUCGACAUGCUCAAUGACAUUUACAAGGGGUUUGACAGCAUCUUGGACCACCAUGAUGUCUACAAGGUGGAGACAAUAGGUGAUGCCUAUAUGGUGGCGUCUGGCCUACCGAACCGUAAUGGCAACAGGCAUGCGGUAGAUAUCUGCCGCAUGGCCUUGGACAUUUUGGCCUUCAUGGGUACCUUCCAGCUCCGACACCUGCCUGGCAUCCCUGUGUGGAUACGCAUCGGCGUCCACUCAGGUCUGUGUGCAGCAGGCGUGGUCGGAGUAAAAAUGCCCAGAUAUUGUUUAUUCGGAGACACGGUCAACACGGCGUCUCAAAUGGAGUCUACGGGACACCCCCUGCGGAUCCACGUCAGUCAGUCCACUAUAAAUAUCCUGACGAGGACAAACUUCAAGUUUGAAUACGAGUACAGAGGUGAAACUUAUCUAAAGGGUAAAGGAACAAAAACAACCUACUGGUUGACUGGUGAGACAGGCGCAGACUACGACCUCCCAACUCCACCCACAACGGAGAACUUCCAACGGCUCCAGCAGGACCUCGCCCACAUGAUCUUGGCAUGUCUGCAGCAGCGUUCCCGAGGGUCCAUGCGCCGAAAGAGGCCAUUUCUCAGUCAGAGUACGGGUGAGGGCAAGGAACCAGAAACAGAAAUGGAUCCCCCAGAAUACUUGCAUCUGGCCACAGUGGAUAACACCCUGAGCACCUUCCUGUAGGACAAAUGUAAACAUCAUAAGGGAAAGACCUUCAGAUAUUUAUUUUUUUAUUUCAGUUAUGCACUCACCAGACAGGACGUUAGGUACUCACACCUAUAUCCAUCCAUUUUCAAUUGCGUUUGUCCUCAUUAAGAUGACAAGUGAGCUGGAGUUUAUCCCAUCUGACUUUGGGGAAAAGCCAGACGACACUCUGGACUGGUCACCAGCCAAUCACAGCAGUUUGCAUUCUCCUGCAACCUGGACAAGUGGCAUGUAAAGUC